GCCACUUCCGGUUCCGGCCGCGGCGAUGAUGGAGGAGGAGGAGGAGGAGGCGCACGCGGAGGCGGUGGACCGCUGGCAGGCCGGCCUGGCGCGACUCGUCAGGGACCCGCUCCUCUGCGACCUCCCGGAGCAGGUGACCCCCGAAGAGAUCUGCUCGCAGGUGGCGCUCGAGUACGGCCAGGCGAUGACGGUGCGCGUGCGCAGAGUGGACGCCCCCGAGGCACCCAUGCCCGUGGUGGUGGUGCAGAGCGCGAGCGUCCUGGAGCUGAAGAAGGCGCUGCGGAGGUUCGUGCAGCUGCGGCAGGAGCGCCAGAGCGGCGCCAGGCACAUCAGCUGGAGGCACGUCUGGAGGACCUACAGCCUGACCUUCGGCGGAGAAAAGCUGGCCGACGACCGCAAGAAGCUGCGGGAGUACGGGAUUCGCAACCGGGAUGAGGUCAGUUUUGUGAAAAAGCUCCGGCAAUGAAGUCCCAGGCAAGUCCGGCUUCUCGUCCCUUCCUUUGGCCGCUGCCGGCCUAGCCUGGCCAUGUGGCUCUGGAUCCCGACUCCUGCUGGGGCUUCCGGGCAGGAUUCCUCGUUGCCCCAAAGCCUCGGCAGCUGGCCUGGAGAAGCUGUUGCCCACCUCCAUCGUUCCAAAGUGGCCUGAUUUUGAGGGGGUCUUUGGGGUCCAUUGGGAAGCUUUUCUCAUUAAGAGGCAACCCUCCUGCUGCCCUUUGGGAACCUCUUUAAAAGGCUCCGGAGAGGAGGAGCCGCUUCAGAUCGGCUUUGCUUCAGAGAACCACCACCACCACCACCCCACCCCCCACCCCCCCCCACCCCCCGCAUUGGUGCACAAUUCUGCUCAUCUGGAACAAUGGGCCCAUUAUUUUUUUUUAAACAAUGACAAGAAUCUACAUUUGAAAAAGUGCUGGAUCUUUUUCUGAAUACGAAAAUAUCAAAUGAACCUGAAGCAAGUAAUAGCCAGCCAGUAACAUUAAAAUUUCUUAAAUUAUAA